AUGGUUUCUUUUUGUUCUCUAAGUGCGCUAUCACAAAUGAAGUUCAUCGCCAUCGUCGCCACUGCUCUGGCGUCUCUUGCCCUGGCUGCGCCCAACCCCGAAGGUCAGACAACUUCAAUCAAACUCAGCAAGGACUAUGUCGACGCCAUCAUAGCUGCGUAUCCCGAUGUCCAUAAGCGCGACUGUAGCUUCGACUUUAGCUGUGGCUGCAUCUUCUGCGUCUAG